AUGUUGAAGAACAAGCCCGACAUUGGGGCCAAGGCGUUCCAGAGGCCUCCGGCGCCCUACGAAUACGCACAGCUGCGUAUGAAGAUGCUGAGGCACCCGUGGCGCGGCGUCUUUUACUGUGGACAGCCGGUCCCGCUAAUACACGAGCGGCCUGGACGAGUUGUAGCGAUCGAGCUCGUCGAGAUCCGGGCGGUGCACACUCGAGUGUGGAAUAGGGAUAGUGACGGGAAAGAGCCCAAUCCGCCACCGCCUUUCGCCCCGCGACGACAGAAGUCUCUUAUUCGCUUCCUGCUGCCCCGUCUCUACGACCGUCGUUACGGCCAGGACCUGGAGUGGACUGACGAGGAGGAAGGCAUUUUCCGCAUUCGUUGGGCUCGCCAUCCGUGGAUUUCUCAAAGGGAACCUCCUGUGCAACUGUUUAAGGACUGGUCUGUUAGGUUGAGGAAGUGGAAUGAAGAGGACCCGAAAAACCUUGACAAGGCAAAGGACCGGAUUCGUAUUAGCUUAUUGCAUACCAAAUAUGUGGAGAAAUUGAAUCAGGAUGACCAAAGCUACCGGUGGUUUAAGGUUGACAACCGUCAAUUGCUGGAUGACACAAAACGCAGGCUGCGCUUGAAGCAGCAAAUGAGAGAUGGCAUUUUAAGUCAUGUGAAGUAUUGUUACAUCCACAAAACUUCCUAUGCACCUUGCUGCUGCCCGUGCAGUACAUGGAGUGAACCACCUAAGCCCAUAUUUGAAGACCAGCAAGAUGCGACAUAUGCGUGUGAAGAAUUUGAGCUCUUUUGUACACAGAUGGCUCCUCAUGUUCGUUGCUGGUACAAGAUGGACGAUUUCGGAGAGGUAGAGUUGACAGGAGGAGGUGCCCCCAUUCCCACCUCUGACUUUCCCGGUUCCAUCCCAAGUGCUCACAUUCCCAUUUAA